UAUCACUGUAUCACUGCGUUUUCGUAAUGCCUGCCGGCCAUGCAUUUCUUCACGUCGUCCCUGGAUGCGCCAAACUCCGCUCUGGCUGGAUCGCUGAAGCCCAUCAGCAAGGACAGCAUUUGGUACGCGGAUGCGCCCUUCGGAGUGUGCCAAGAGGUGUUGCUCUCUGAGGGCGUGGCACCUGACUUCAUCGAGCCCGUGGUGAAGUUGCAGUCCUUCGUCGAAAGCUGGGACUUUGACCUCACGGAUCCACUCACGCUCUCGCGGUUUCUGCUGGGUGAUCCGAAGAACCUGCAGGAGGCCCAGCAGCGCCUCAGCGAGAGCUGCGCCUGGCGCAAGCGGACGGACCUGGCGAACCUCAUGCGGCGCUGGGGCGUGCCGUCACCCGAGGGCUGGCGCUGGCAGCCCCAAUCUCCGCGCGCGCAGCAGAUCGCCCGCUUCUUCUUUGGGCGCGUGCUGCCAGAGGCGCGCACCGCGCAGAACGGCCCUGUGUUGGUGCUUCGCUUGGGGGCCUUUGAUAUAGAGGGCGCCGUUCGGGAGGAGCUGGUGGAGGACAUCCUUGAGCCUUGGAUCUUCAUGGUGGAGCAAGUCUUCCAGCUCCUGCGCCAUAUCUCCUCCCAGAGCAAGCGCCCGGUGAAGUUGGCCUGCGUGGUGGACAUGGAGGGGGUGUCCUUUGCCUGGCUGCAGCACCUGCAAGUCAUGCAGAAGUUCUCCGCGGCCAUCAACCGCAACUACCCGGAGAUGGCUGCCACCCUCACGGUGCUGCGCGCCCCCAGCAUCUUCACCUGGAUCUGGAGCCUAGCAGCCCCGGUCCUGCUGGAGGAGAUGACUCGCAAGAAGGUGGCCAUUCUGGGGCACGACUUUAGCGCCCAGCUGGCGGAGCACGCGCAGCUGUCGCUGGAGCAGCUGCCAGCGUUCCUCGGCGGCCGCGGCAAAGAAGUGCCGAAGCCGCUGCCGGUGCCGCCAGGCAUUCAGAACCAGCUCCCUCCGCGUGAUGUUUGCGCCGAAGGGAAGCCCGAAGUUGGCCGAUCCCAGGCGCCGGCGCCUGCGCAAGCAAAGGCACCAAGAGUCGAGGGAGCAUGGUGGCGAAGACUCUUUUCUGGCUCGCCAUGCUGCGGAUGUGUCACUUGAGACACGGUCAGACUUGAACAAAACGACUGC